CUUUUCCUUUGCACACGUUUUGAUAAAUCUCCCUUUAUAUUGUUAUAGCAUUCUCAGUUCUUUUAGAGAUACUUUCUAUGAAUGCACAGAUUGUGGCUAUCCUAUGUCUGGGUGACGGGGGCUCCAUGGCAUGCUCCCAUCCCUUCUCAAGUUGGUGGAAGAAAAUUUAUUGGAAAAUGGACAUCUUUACAGUUCCUUUGCUUGACUACAGUCAGUUUUGGAUUUUUAAAGGUGGUAGAAGUAUCUGGAUGGACGUAUCAUUACAGCACGGAGAUGCUCACAUGGAAUCAAUCCUAUCAUUGGUGUAAAAGCAAUUUCACAGACAUGGUUGCCAUUCAAAACAAAGAGGAAAUCUCUUUUUUAACUGACUACCUGCCUGGAGGCGAUUCCCACUAUUGGAUUGGCUUACGAAAAAUAAACAAUAUUUGGGUUUGGAUUGGAACCAACAAAUCUCUAACGCAACAGGAAGAAAACUGGGCACAAUUUGAGCCAAAUAACAAAAAGAAUAACCAAGACUGCGUCGAGAUUUACAUUAAAAGAUCACAUGAAACGGGAAAAUGGAACGAUGAACCUUGCACUCGGAAGAAAAAGGCGCUCUGUUAUCUAGUCAGCUGCAGUGAUUCUUCAUGCAACAAUCAUGGGGAUUGUAUGGAAACUAUACAAAAUUAUACCUGCAAAUGCUGGCUGGGCUUCUACGGAGCAAACUGUGAAAAUGCUAUAUCUUGUAGGUCUCUGCAGAUUCCAUCACAUGGGCAAAUGGUCUGCUCGGACACAUUGGGAACGUUCCAGUAUAACUCUGUUUGCAACUUCAGUUGUGAAGAAGGAUUCCAGAUGACAGGAACAAGAUCAUUGUCCUGCCAGGACUCCGGAAAUUGGUCUGAAUCUAUCCCAACAUGUAAGGCUGUAUCUUGCUCAGCUCUAGAAAAUCCAUCACAAAGUCACAUGAACUGUUCCCAUACUUUCGGAGCAUACAAGUUUAGAUCCAUUUGUGAAUUCACGUGUAAAGAUGGAUUUCAAUUAAAAGGAUCAAACUUUCUAUUGUGCCAACAUUCAGGAGAAUGGUCAGAACCUGUGCCGAAAUGUAUUGCUGUUCCUUGUACGGCCCUGCAGGGUCCAGAACAUGGUAAAGUAAAUUGUUCUGAUCCAUUCGGUGCGUUCAGGUAUACAUCCAUGUGUAACGUCACUUGUGAAGAAGGAUUUGACUUACAAGGAACAUCAUCAUUAUGGUGCCAGGACACAGGAGAGUGGUCUGACCCUAUACCCACAUGCGCAGCUGUAUCUUGCUCAGCUCUAGAAAAUCCAUCACAAAGUCACAUGAACUGUUCCCAUACUUUCGGAGAAUACAAGUUUAGAUCCAUUUGUGAAUUCACGUGUAAAGAUGGAUUUCAAUUAAAAGGAUCAAACUUUCUAUUGUGCCAACAUUCAGGAGAAUGGUCAGAACCUGUGCCUAAAUGUAUUGCUGUUCCUUGUACGGCCCUGCAGGGUCCAGAACAUGGUAAAGUAAAUUGUUCUGAUCCAUUCGGUGCGUUCAGGUAUACAUCCAUGUGUAACGUCACUUGUGAAGAAGGAUUUGAAUUACAAGGAACAUCAUCAUUAUGGUGCCAGGACACAGGAGAGUGGUCUGACCCUAUACCCACAUGCGCAGCUCAGAAUGAUCCCCCUGAAACUCAAACACAGGUUAACCCAGCAUCUUAUGUUAUUCCAAGUUUAGGGCUAAUGCUCUCUGGGAUGGCAGUGGCAUAUGGAAUAAAUUACUAUAGGAAGAAAAAAAAUCCAGGACUCCUGAAAUCAGAGAUAGAGAAUAUUAAUACAUUUGAUAAUCCUGCAUUUGAAGAUACCAACAGACCAAUUGACCUAUGAUUGGUUGAAAAGUUUCUUCCUUUGUCUAUUGUCAAAAAUUACCACGUGAAUGCAAGAACAUUCUUACGCACAAAAAAACAAAUAUGCAAAAUGUUUAUUAAGUUUGUUACAUUGUUUACAGUAAAUUGUUAUCCAGAUUUUCUAUUUCUAUGAAUAUGUAAAGUAAAU